ACACUAUUCGUAUCCAACCUCCCUUAUGAUGCAACAUCCACCGACCUACAAACAACAUUCUCAGACCUAGCACCCGUGCGCUACGCUUUUGUUGUAUCCAAGAAAGGAUCUGGGGAAUCCAAAGGUUUUGGUUAUGUAUCCUUUUCUAUCAAGGAGGAUGCGCAGACUGCUUUUGAU